AUGCCGCGUCAUUACCGAAGUGGACGUUAUCGUCAAAGUCAACCGGUGGUGUCGGCUGUGACUGUUACGAUGGAUGGUGAUGAUGACGGCGAUGAGACGUUUCCGACGCUGCGCAGCAAGGUUGUUGUGCCUGCAGCCGCUCAUCAUCUUCUUCCAUUACCGUCGUCACCCUUCCUCCCGCCCUCGGAAUCCCAGCUUCUGCGGCAAGGUCAGCAACAAAGUCGGCAACGUCAGCGUGUGACAGAUGAGUUGGCUUUUGCGCAACACCACCUGGCGCUCUAUACAGGUUUCUUCAGACAAAUCCUUCUUCAUAAUGAUGGGAGUGCCAACUAUGACUGCGCUGCUCAUAGACGUUAUAUAUUGUUUAAAAUGAUCACGAAACAAUGUGAAGGUAAUUCGCCGCCGGAGGAAGGCGAAGCUGUUGAUGAUGAAGACGAGGAAGACAAUGACGAUGGAGACGGAAACGAAGAGGAGGAGGAAGAAAGGGCGCAGUAUUUCGAAGCAAGUAAUGGAAUGCCUCGGCAACUAGCACUGCUUCCCACACCAAGUCGGUGA